AUGGAUAUAUAUGAUAAAAAAAAGUCGUUUUUGACGCGUCAAAUACAGCUCUUGUCUCAUCCUUUACAGAUUCCCAAGAAACUACAUAUACAGUCAGAAUCAAAUGACUUUAAUCAUUCAGUUGUUGAGCGGGUUUUCCAAAGAUUACAUUUGCGCGUGAAAAGACAUGUACGAUUCAACUAUUCUCAGCAAGCGACGCAACACGUUGCAGCCCAAAUAAGAAAACUUUACGAACAAACUACCCAGUUGGAGAAUUUGUCCUCGCUGCCUUCCUAUUUAUACGGCGACUUUGACUUACAUGACAUUAAAAGCUUGCAAGAUUUACCGCACCCAUGGCCAUUUCAGUUGGAGCAAAGCGAACAGGAAAAACAAAGUCAACAGGAUUAUUACGACUCGCUUCUUGGAGAAUUGAUGUCUUCAUUAUCUUCCCUAGAACAAAUAAAGCAAGAACGAAAAGUUACAGAGGAAUACCGAUUGUCUCUGAAACCGUUCCUGACUAAUACUCAAUUGCCCACGAGACAACAGUGGAAAACAAACACAGAAUUACCAACUCUUCUUUCCUCUAUUAACGUAAAAAUCGCUAGAGCAAACGCUAAUCUCAAAAAUGAUUCCGUCAAGCCCAUACAACCCGUUAAGAAAGAAGUAAUAUACCCACUUGAAGAGAAACUUAAGGAGCAACACUUUCGCUAA